GCGGCCGUGGUGGCGGAGGCGACGGUGGAGACGGCUGCCCUAGUGGGAGAGGCGGCGGCGGCGGCCGAGGAGGAGGAGGGGGAAGCGGCGGCGGCAAAGGGCUCCAGACCCAGUUCCUGGACCUGCCCUGGAAAAGAAGUAUCCCGUAGAGAUGAGCUCACUGCAGUUACUUAAUUAACAAUUUGUAAGCUGCAGAAAUGGCAAUGGGCCAACCAAGAACAGCUACAAUUUGAAUUUUUCUAUUUCCAGUAGCUACUUUAUCAUCACCAUUUUAUAGAUGAGGAAACUGAGGCACAGAGAAAUUAAAUGAUUUGCCCAAGAAGUUACUGCAAAAAAUGCUUGGACAGAAGAGAUGAGUACUAUUUCCACUAAGGCCUAGAAUUGCCUACUGUACAAAUAGUCCUGAUCAGGCAAUAUACGAAUGGCCCAAGGAAGCCACCAAAUUGAUUUUCAGGUUUUACAUGACCUGCGACAAAAAUUCCCUGAAGUACCUGAAGUUGUUGUAUCCAGGUGCAUGUUACAGAAUAAUAAUAACCUGGAUGCCUGCUGUGCUGUUCUCUCUCAGGAGAGUACAAGAUAUCUUUAUGGUGAAGGAGACUUGAAUUUUUCAGAUGAUUCUGGAAUUUCUGGUCUACGCAAUCACAUGACUUCUCUCAACUUGGACUUGCAAUCACAGAACAUUUACCACCAUGGAAGAGAAGGAAGUAGGAUGAAUGGAAGUAGGACUCUAACGCACAGCAUUAGUGAUGGACAACUUCAAGGUGGCCAGUCCAAUAGUGAACUAUUUCAGCAGGAGCCACAGACAGCACCAGCUCAAGUUCCUCAAGGCUUUAAUGUUUUUGGAAUGUCCAGUUCUUCUGGUGCUUCAAAUUCAGCACCACAUCUUGGAUUUCACUUAGGCAGCAAAGGAACAUCUAGCCUUUCUCAACAAACUCCCAGAUUUAAUCCCAUUAUGGUAACUUUAGCCCCAAAUAUCCAGACUGGUCGUAAUACUCCUACAUCUUUGCACAUACAUGGUGUACCUCCACCUGUACUUAACAGUCCACAGGGAAAUUCUAUCUAUAUUAGGCCUUACAUUACAACUCCUGGUGGUACAACUCGACAGACACAACAGCAUUCUGGCUGGGUAUCUCAGUUUAAUCCCAUGAACCCUCAGCAAGUUUAUCAGCCUUCACAGCCUGGUCCCUGGACUACUUGUCCUGCAUCUAAUCCUCUGUCACAUACCUCAUCUCAACAGCCAAAUCAGCAAGGCCACCAGACCUCUCAUGUCUACAUGCCAAUCAGUUCACCUACUACUUCACAACCACCAACCAUUCAUUCAUCUGGUAGCUCACAGUCUUCUGCCCAUAGCCAAUAUAACAUUCAGAAUAUUUCAACAGGACCUCGAAAAAACCAGAUUGAAAUCAAACUUGAACCCCCACAAAGAAAUAAUUCUUCAAAACUGCGUUCUUCUGGACCUCGAACCUCCAGCACUUCCUCUUCAGUCAAUAGCCAGACCUUAAACAGAAAUCAGCCCACUGUUUACAUAGCUGCCAGCCCGCCAAAUACGGAUGAGCUGAUGUCCCGUAGUCAACCUAAGGUCUAUAUUUCAGCGAAUGCUGCCACAGGAGAUGAACAGGUCAUGCGGAAUCAGCCCACACUCUUCAUAUCCACAAACUCUGGAGCAUCUGCUGCCUCCAGGAACAUGUCUGGGCAAGUGAGCAUGGGUCCUGCCUUUAUUCAUCACCAUCCUCCCAAAAGUCGAGCAAUAGGCAAUAACUCUGCAACCUCUCCUCGAGUGGUAGUCACUCAGCCCAAUACGAAAUACACUUUCAAAAUUACAGUUUCUCCCAAUAAGCCCCCUGCAGUUUCACCAGGGGUGGUGUCCCCUACCUUUGAACUUACAAAUCUUCUUAAUCAUCCUGAUCAUUAUGUAGAAACUGAGAAUAUUCAGCACCUCACGGACCCUACGUUAGCACAUGUGGAUAGAAUAAGUGAAACACGGAAACUGAGUAUGGGAUCUGAUGAUGCUGCCUACACACAAGCUCUUUUGGUACACCAGAAGGCCAGAAUGGAACGACUUCAAAGAGAACUUGAGAUUCAAAAGAAGAAGCUGGAUAAAUUAAAAUCUGAGGUUAAUGAAAUGGAAAAUAAUCUAACUCGAAGACGCCUGAAAAGAUCAAAUUCUAUAUCCCAGAUACCUUCCCUUGAAGAAAUGCAGCAGCUGAGAAGUUGUAAUAGACAACUCCAGAUUGACAUUGACUGCUUAACCAAAGAAAUUGAUCUUUUUCAAGCCCGAGGACCACAUUUUAACCCCAGCGCUAUUCAUAACUUUUAUGACAAUAUUGGAUUUGUAGGUCCUGUGCCACCAAAACCCAAAGAUCAAAGGUCCAUCAUCAAAACACCAAAGACUCAAGACACAGAAGAUGAUGAGGGAGCUCAGUGGAAUUGUACUGCCUGUACUUUUUUGAACCAUCCAGCCUUAAUUCGCUGUGAACAGUGUGAGAUGCCAAGGCAUUUCUGAGCCAAAUGGCCCUGUAUCUUCUCUAAAACCACAUCUAAAGUUCAAGAAACUAGUCUGUCAUCGGGAAAAAGUUUCACUGCUACAUAGGAUUUUGUCAAAUUGAAGGUGUGACAAGAUGGUGUUGUGCUAAUGUUAAAUGUCAGCCCACAGAGCUAAUAAUACCUCAGUAUAAUGUCAUGAGCAGUUGAAAUUCAUCACAUGAAAAGUAAUCUGCUGAAAGACGUGGUUGCCCACUGCCUAACUGUGUACAGUGUUACCAGUGUCCCAUUAUGGAUAAUUCUCAAUAUGUUAACACCUAGGUGUUCCCAAUACCUUUUUCCCCUCAUGUCACUACUGAAUUUUGACAGGAGGAAGGAAUAGAAUGAUAGCUUGUUUUAUUUGUAAAGCUUUCAGUGAAACACUACAUACACGAAGAAAAGGAACAAGGUUUAACUAUUUAAGAACUGUUUGCUGCCGCAUAGUGCCAUUGGAUAGGGGAAGAACUUCAGAAAUCUGUGGUACUCUUGGCCUUGUCUUUGUCUUCCCUGAACAUGUCUCCACUCUGUGAAGCCAGCAUCUAGGGGCUAAAGAUGCAAAGGAAAGCAGCAUGCAUUGUCUGUACAAAAGUGCAGUGAAAUACCCCAAAGCUUUUCCUACUGUACAGAUCUCUCGAGUCUGCUUUAAGUGAUUUCUUUUCUUCUUGAUUAUUUUCUUAUAUUUCUAUAUGUAUAGUGUAAUAGCCUUUUGUUAACUAAUUUUCUUUUUUUCCUUUUAGUAAUUAAGCACGAUCAUGUCCCUUUUUAAGCCUUACCUGAGAGGAACAAUGCCUUAAAAUAAAAAAGCAUUAAUGAGAUGAAACUAUGCACAGAAUAACUUUCCUCUACUUAUUCUGUACUUUGCCCUCAUGAGUUCCAAUGUUGUGUGAAGACAGGCAGAUGCUGCACAGUGAAUUGCAGAUGAUAUUACAGAAGUGAUGUCUGUAGGUCACAUUAAAUACUGACUUGAGCAGUGGGUGACACAACACAGUGUUUGUCUUCCACAGGGAAGCUUAAAACAAAAGAUAUUUUUAACCCACUGACAGAACAAGGUUAAGCUUCAUCUGCUUGGUGUCCCACAGAACUUGCACAAGCGAUUGUUAUUGGGAAAGUACAGUCUCAAAACCAGCAACAGCAGCAGUACCUACAGCCCUUUUUUUGGAGAGAAGUUUAAAUGCUUUACUGUUGGGGCAGUCUAUUUCUAAUCCUGACUUGGUGACAGUAUCACGUGUAUUUAUAAAACAAGGCUAGCCAUAUUUAGGACAACUGAAGAAAAGCUGGAAAAAAAGAAAAACAAGCAAACUUGAACACUGAAGCAACCUCAAGCAUCUCUUUAUUUUGAUGAUAUAUUUUUGUAAGGAAAAUAAAUAUUCAGAUGAUCAGGAAUGUAUAUAACUAAAUGAAAUCAAGAAAAAGAAAUAACAGUAUGCAUUUAAAAAGACAAUUAUGAAAUUAUAUGAGUGCUUAGAAUGGGGCUAAGGGAAGUGCUGAAAUAGAGCAAAGGAUGGAAGAUAAUAUAGACUACCAUCCACUGUAAAUGUUUGCAAGUGGCUGUGUUUUAAAUGGGAUUAUUACAGUUGAUCUCUAUGAAUGUCAGAGCCUUAACUUUCAGGCUUUGCAUUUUGUAUAUGGGAAGAAAUAUGACAAUCCUAGGUAAUUAAACCAUAGACCCAAAGCCCUUACGUUUGAUGCAAUUUAUUUUUAAAAUAGGCCUUGUUUUUCAGCUUCAUCUGCAGUUCUAUGUGAAGAUUGAUAAAUCAGUUUUUACUUGUUUUAUUAAUAAAACGUAAUUUGGAUAUCUUGAGUUGAUGGUUUUGUGAUUUAGCUGGGUAAACUAUCUUUGUAACAGAUAAGUUAUUUAUAAAAAUUAAAAAACUUAUAUUCUAA